UAUCUUCCAAAUCAUGGCUGAUGAAAAUCAAGACUUGAUGUACAGCCCCAGUGAAGGCAGAAUGGGAAGCCCCAGUGAAGCUGCUCUGCUUGCACUAAUGGAGAAGACUGGCUACAGCAUGGUACAGGAGAAUGGACAGAGGAAAUUUGGGGGGCCCCCACCAGGCUGGGAGGGCUCACCUCCGCCUCGUGGUUGUGAGGUAUUUGUUGGUAAGAUCCCUCGUGACAUGUACGAAGAUGAACUGGUUCCAGUGUUUGAGAGAGUAGGAAGGAUUUACGAGUUCAGGUUAAUGAUGGAGUUCAGCGGGGAGAAUCGUGGUUACGCGUUCGUCAUGUAUACCACUAAGGAGGCUGCACAGCAAGCCAUUCAUAUGCUGGACAACUUUGAGAUUCGCCCAGGGAAGUUCGUAGGUGUGUGCGUCAGCCUGGAUAACUGCAGACUGUUCAUUGGUUCGAUCCCGAAGGAGAAGAAGAAAGAAGAAAUCCUUGAGGAGAUGAAGAAAGUUACAGAAGGUGUUGUGGAUGUCAUUGUCUACCCGAGUACCACAGACAAAACCAAGAACCGUGGGUUUGCAUUUGUGGAAUAUGAGUCUCAUAAAGCAGCAGCCAUGGCUAGGAGGAAGCUUAUCCCAGGCACCUUUCAGCUGUGGGGACACACUAUUCAAGUAGAUUGGGCAGAACCAGAAAAGGACGUGGAUGAAGAAACUAUGCAGCGGGUGAAAGUGCUUUACGUGCGUAACCUGAUGAUUUCUACUGCAGAAGAGACGAUACGGAAUGAAUUCAGCAAAUUAAAGACUGGUGCGGUGGAGCGUGUGAAAAAACUGACAGAUUACGCAUUUGUGCACUUCUACAGUCGAGAUGACGCCAUCAGCGCAAUGCACUUCAUGAAUGGGAAGAGCAUUGAUGGUUCGAACAUUGAGGUGACGUUGGCCAAGCCAGUCAAUAAGGAGAGCAGCAGGAGAUACAAUCAGAAAGGUCAGGUAAGCCAAAACCCUGAAGGCUUUCUGUUCCAAAACAAAGACGAUGGGAACCCCACCACUCCCACACGACCACUGAGCCUGCCAGCCAGACUGAACAGUCAUCACAACCCCAGUACCCCUGAAGUAGAGAGAUACGUUUACCCAUUUUUCCCAGGGAUCAACCUGGUUGCAAUAAGCAUGUAUUCCUUAAAAUUGGGUCAUUUCUGCUCAGCAGUAACACGUCUAGAUUACUACUGCAGCAAAAACAAUUGGGCACCACCAGAGUAUUAUCUGUUCUCCACAACGAGUCAAGAUGGGAAACUCCUGUUGAUCUAUAGGAUUGUUAUCACUGCCACUCGCAGCAGUUUUAUGCCAGAUAAACUCUGUACCAUUCUGGAAGAUGCCAAAGAGUUGGCUGCACAGAAUGCACUGUGGAAUUUAGAUUGCACUUUUUGUGGCCCUACAUCACCCAAUAGCCUUUCUCCUGGUACUACUUCAAGUAACAGUUUGCUUCCUUAUGGAUGUAGACCUUGCUCUUACCCAAGCUUCCCACUCUCACCAGCUCUACCUGUGGUGAAUGGAAGUCAUGUUGGACAGAGAUUAUUCAUCUCCAAUCAGUCACCGUUCUUUUAA